GCUCGGCGGCGGCUCAGGAGGGAGGGCGGGAGGCGGGAGGGAGGCGGCCCCGCGGCACCGCGCCCCCUCCCCCGGCCCUCCCCCCACCAUGGCGCGGAGCGAGGCGGCGGCGGCGGGGCCGGGCCCGGGGCCCCCCCGGGCUGGGUACCCGCCCAGGCCCUGACUCCCUGCAGAGAGGUGAGUGGGGUCCUUCAGGCUGGGGAGAGAGAUGUGGAGUGAUUGGGCCUGUUCUGAGCCAGCCGGAGGCCUGACGCCCUGCCUGAUGAAGAAACCGAGAUUCAGAGAGGUUCAGACACUUGCCCGAGGUCACACAGCUAGUCUCACGCCCCACUCCUCCCGCCUUCCCCCUGCACCAUGGCUCCGGGCCCCUUCUCCUCGGCGCUCCUCUCGCCGCCGCCUGCUGCCCUGCCCUUUUUGCUGCUGCUCUGGGCCGGGGCGUCUCGUGGUCAGCCCUGCCCCGGCCGCUGCAUCUGCCAGAACGUGGCGCCCACGCUGACCAUGCUGUGCGCCAAGACCGGCCUGCUCUUCGUGCCGCCGGCCAUCGACCGGCGCGUGGUGGAGCUGCGGCUCACUGACAACUUCAUCGCGGCCGUCCGCCGCAGAGACUUCGCCAACAUGACCAGCCUGGUUCACCUCACCCUGUCCCGUAACACCAUCGGCCAGGUGGCCGCCGGCGCCUUCGCCGACCUCCGCGCCCUCCGCGCCCUGCACCUCGACAGCAACCGCCUGGCCGAGGUGCGUGGCGACCAGCUCCGCGGCUUGGGCAACCUCCGCCACCUGAUCCUCGGCAACAACCAGAUCCGCCGGGUGGAGUCCGCCGCCUUCGAUGCCUUCCUGGCCACCGUGGAGGACCUGGAUCUGUCCUACAACAACCUCGAGGCCCUGCCGUGGGAGGCUGUGGGCCAGAUGGUGAACCUGAACACCCUCACGCUGGACCACAACCUCAUCGACCACAUCGCCGAAGGGACCUUCGUGCAGCUGCACAAACUGGUUCGCCUGGACAUGACCUCCAACCGCCUGCACAAACUGCCCCCUGAUGGGCUCUUCCUGAGGUCCCAGGGCUCGGGGCCGAAGCCGCCCACGCCGCUCACGGUCAGCUUCGGCGGCAACCCCCUGCACUGCAACUGCGAGCUGCUCUGGCUGAGGCGGCUGACGCGGGAGGACGACCUGGAGACGUGCGCCACCCCCGAGCACCUCACCGACCGCUACUUCUGGUCCAUCCCCGAGGAGGAGUUCCUGUGUGAGCCCCCGCUGAUCACGCGCCAGGCGGGGGGCCGGGCCCUGGUGGUGGAGGGCCAGGCGGUCAGCCUGCGGUGCCGCGCCGUGGGGGACCCCGAGCCCGUGGUGCACUGGGUGGCGCCCGACGGGCGGUUGCUGGGGAACUCGAGCCGGACCCGGGUGCGGGGGGAUGGGACGCUGGAUGUGACCAUCACCACCUUACGGGACAGCGGCACCUUCACCUGCAUCGCCUCCAACGCCGCGGGGGAAGCCACGGCGCCCGUGGAGGUGUGCGUGGUGCCCCUGCCUCUGAUGGCGCCCCCGCCAGCCGCCCCGCCGCCUCUCACGGAGCCCGGCUCCUCUGACAUCGCCACGCCCGGCCGCCCUGGUGCCAACGAAUCGGCCACCGAACGCCGGCUCGUGGCGGCCGAGCUCACCUCAAACUCGGUGCUCAUCCGCUGGCCCGCCCAGAGACCUGUGCCCGGCAUCCGCAUGUACCAGGUCCAGUACAACAGCUCCGCGGAUGACUCCCUUGUCUACAGGAUGAUCCCAUCCACCAGCCAGACCUUCCUGGUGAACGAUCUGGCAGCAGGCCGCGCCUACGACCUGUGCGUGCUGGCUGUCUACGACGACGGGGCCACGGCACUGCCGGCCACGCGAGUGGUGGGCUGCGUGCAGUUCACCACCGCGGGGGAUCCCGCGCCCUGCCGCCCACUGAGGGCCCAUUUCUUGGGUGGCACCAUGAUCAUCGCCAUCGGGGGCGUCAUCGUCGCUUCGGUCCUCGUUUUCAUCGUUCUGCUCAUGAUCCGCUAUAAGGUCUACGGCGACGGCGACGGUCGCCGCGUCAAGGGUACCUCCAGGUCGCCGCCGCGGGUCAGCCACGUGUGCUCGCAGACCAACGGCGCAGGCGCCCCGCAGGCCCCGCCCCCGCCGGCGCAAGACCGUUACGAGGCGCUGCGCGAGGUGGCGUCCCCCGCUGCUGCCGCCGUGGCGGUCGAGGCCAAGGGCCCCGCGGCCGAGACGGCUUCCGCGGAGCCGGAGACCGUCCUUGGACGCUCCCUGGGCGGCUCGGCCACCUCGCUGUGCCUGCUGCCGUCUGAGGAAACCUCUGGGGAGGAGUCUCGGGCCGCGGCGGGCCCUCGGAGGAGCCGUUCCGGGGCCCUGGGGCCGCCAGCUUCGGCGCCUCCCACUCUAGCUCUGGUUCCUGGGGGCGCCCCGGCCCGGCCGAGGCCGCAGCAGCGCUAUUCGUUCGACGGGGACUACGGGGCGCUCUUCCAGAGCCACAGUUACCCGCGCCGCGCCCGGCGGACAAAGCGCCACCGGUCCACGCCGCACCUGGACGGGGCCGGAGGGGGCGCGGCCGGGGAGGACGGAGACCUGGGGCUGGGCUCCGCCAGGGCACGCCUGGCCUUUACCAGCACCGAGUGGAUGCUGGAGAGUACCGUGUGAGCGGCAGGCGGGCGCCGGGACGCCUGGGUGCCGCGGACAAACGCCCAGCCGCCCGGACGCCGGGGCAGGACUCGCGGGAGAAAGCGCGGCGCCUAGUCGUCGGACUGGAGGCGGAGACUCGCCCUUCUCCUCCCCGGAAGGGGCGGGACUGCCUCGUCUGAGGCUCCUGGCCACGCCCCCGGGCCCCGGGGAGUUAGGGGGCGGGCAGCCGGGCCCCCUUCCUCCGCGGACUCCUCGCCCCCCUCCUGCCCCUCCCCGCGCGCGCUCGCGGACCUCGCUGGAGCCGGUGCCUUACACAGCGAAGCGCGGGGAGGGGCAGGGCCCCCCCGACACUGCAGCACUGAGACACGAGCCCCUUCCCCCCGCCCGGGACCCGGGGCAGGGGCGAGGGGCCCAUUUCUUGUAUCUGGCUGGACUAGAUCCUAUUCUGUCCCGCGGCGGCCUCCAAAGCCCCCACCCCACCCCAUUCACCUCCCUGGUCCCGUCGGGUCUGGCUUGGGGUCCCCCUUUUCUCUGUUCCCUUUGUCUCUGUCCCGCCCUCUGUCGUCUUUGUCUUACGUGUCUGUCCUUCCCUAUUUGUGUCUCCUUUCUCCGUCCUGUCGUCUCUUCUCCCUCUGCCCUCCCAUAUCUUGUCCAGUCUUCCUAUUUCUCCCGAUUACCUCUUCCCACUACACAUUCUCCCGGGCAGGUCCCACUGGAAGGACCAGACUCUCCCCUAUUCCUUCCUCUUUUCCCAAAUAAAUCCCCACAUGAACAAAAUCCAAAACCAAAUCCCCCUCCCUGCCGGAGCCGGGACCCUCCGCCGCAGCAGAAUUAAACUUUUUUCUGUGUCUGA